CUCUUUCAGCCUCGGUACUGUUGGUGCGUGUGUUUUGUGUCUCCUUCUCUAGCUUUAAUCACGCACGGUUGCAGCAAUGGCCCUGCUGAACUCGAGCAAGGUUUUUUCAGCUGUUGGAGCGUAUAGACCCGCUCUGGGAGUGCUAUCUUUCCGCGCGAGCUCAUGGUGGUCUGAGGUACAGAUGGGCCCACCUGAUCCCAUCCUUGGGGUGACUGAAGCUUUCAAACGUGAUACCAACCCCAAGAAGAUGAACCUUGGUGUGGGGGCUUAUCGUGACGACCAGGGAAAACCCUACGUUCUUAACUGUGUCCGCAAGGCUGAGGCUCAGAUUGCUGCUAAGAAGCUGGACAAGGAGUACUUGGCCAUCGGAGGCCUGGCAGAUUUUAACAAGGCCUGUGCUCAACUGGCUCUAGGAACUGACAGUGAAGUCCUGAAGAGUGGCAGGAGUAUUACAGUCCAGACCAUUUCAGGAACCGGAUCUCUGCGUGUUGGGGCCAAUUUCCUGUCGCGGUUCCACACUGCAGUGCGUGAUGUGUACCUGCCGAAGCCCUCAUGGGGCAACCACACACCCAUCUUCAGGGAUGCAGGCAUGCAGCUGAAGGCUUACACCUACUACGACCCGAAGACUUGUGGCUUUGACUUCAAGGGAGCCAUUAAUGACAUCUCGAAAAUCCCAGAGAAGAGUGUGAUUGUCCUGCAUGCAUGUGCCCACAACCCCACUGGAGUAGACCCAAAACAAGAGCAGUGGAAAGAGAUGGCUGAUGUGAUAAAGAAAAGAAAUCUGUUAGUGUUCUUUGACAUGGCCUACCAGGGCUUUGCCAGUGGGGACACUGACCGGGACGCUUGGGCUGUGCGCCACUUCAUUGAACAAGGCCACAACAUUGUUCUCUCUCAGUCCUUUGCUAAGAACAUGGGCCUGUACGGUGAGCGUGUAGGAGGUUUUACAGUUGUGUGUAAGGAUGCUGAGGAGGCCAAGCGAGUGGAGUCCCAACUGAAGAUUCUCAUCCGUCCUAUCUACUCCAACCCCCCCAUGAAUGGCGCUCGCAUUGCUGCAACCAUCCUUAACACACCUGAACUCUACAACGAGUGGUUGGUUGAGGUUAAAGGCAUGGCAGACCGCAUAAUUAAGAUGAGGGAGAUGCUUGUCUUGAACCUUAAAAAGGAGGGCUCCACUUACAACUGGCAGCACGUCAUUGACCAGAUCGGCAUGUUCUGCUUCACUGGCCUCAAACCUGAGCAGGUGGAGCGUCUAAUUAAUGAGUACUCCGUCUACAUGACCAAGGAUGGACGUAUCUCUGUGGCAGGUGUGACCUCUGGAAACGUGGCUUACCUUGCACAUGCCAUCCAUGCUGUUACCAAGUGAAUCAAAUGAAUUGUAGAUGUUGUAUACUGUAGUGACAUUCGACUUGCACAAAAAA